AUGUCUGGAAUGUCUGGAAUGUCUGGAAUGUCUGGAAUGUCUGGACUAGGAGGUCCCUCACACAAUCUUACCCUGAGAAGGCGAGAAUAACACUUCCCGGCCUGAUGAAAGACAUCAAAAGACUAAAAAUCGUUUCACUUCGUCAUUCUUCACUAUGUUAUCGUUCUCUGCCUUUUAAAUAUUUCGGCUUGUAUGAGACAUCGUUCUCCAGAGGAGGGAGGGGAGGAGACGAGGGCGGAUAACGAUAGCGGAUAUCUAAUCGCGAUAGUUUCAACGUCAAAAAGUUCCGCCACCUCUGGAUCUUUGAACUGGCCUUUGUUGCUUCUGAAUCCAAACUCCCUUUCAUUUCCUCCAUCUUUUAUCUAUUUGUCUCUACUAAAGCCCUGCAUGGUUGCAGUUCCGCCCUAAUGUCGUCUCUCGACAGUCUAUACAGACGAUCUCACAAUGGCGGAUGACUCGGGGGAAACUGGUACGAUGGCCAGCGCCAGCGAAGAUGACGAGCGAACUAUGGAGCUUUCUGCUCUCCAAGCAAUCUUUCCCGAGCUUAUUAUAGACGAGAAGAAACAAUUUACGGCCACUUUAGAGCUACCCGUUGCGCCUUCAGAGCCGGUUCCUAUUGUAUUUAAAGAUGUGUCCGAUAAAUCGCCCAUCGAAGCCGACAGACAGCCCCAGAUCCAUCGACUGAGCUACCUGCCCAACAUUCACAUUGGAAUUACCCUACCCGACGGCUACCCUGCUGAAAACCCUCCAGUCUUAGAGUUGUCUGCGACACCAAACUGGCUCCCUCGCGGGAAAAUACAGGAGCUGUUAGGGCAGUGCAAGGAGUUCUGGGAGGAUAUGGGGCAUGACCAGGUGCUAUACCUGUUCAUAGAUCACAUCCAAGACUCUGCUCUUGGGGCUUUUGGACUCCUCGACGGGGAAGAACAUCUACAACUAUCUCCUGACCUUGAGAUCGAACUUCUUGAUCAGGAUAAAUCCGCAAAGCAAGCGGAAUUUGAUAGACAAAGCUACAACUGCGGGAUCUGCCUGGAACCGAAACGAGGAACUACUUGUCACAAGUUGAAUGACUGUGGGCACGUCUUUUGCCGCCAGUGCCUGCAGGACUUCUAUAACAAUGCCAUUACCGAAGGCGAUCUCGACUCGGUCAAGUGCCUUGACCCGGGAUGUGCCAAAAGGCGCGAAGAGGAGUUGGCUAAAUCAGGGCGAAAACGAAAGCCGAAUGUUACGUUGCUACCGAGUGAGCUUCUUCUGAUCCCAUUGGAACACGACAUGGUUAAACGGUAUGUCACCAUGAGACACAAGAUCGAACUUGAGAAUGACAAGAGCACGGUAUACUGCCCAAGAAGUUUCUGCCAGGGAGCCGCACGAUCGAAAAAGCACACAAAGCCAAUAAUAACGCCAACCUUUGUAACAGCUACUGCCGACGAAGAGGCGGACGAAGAAUCUGAUGAUGAGCUGGCAACCAUUGACCCAACCAAGCCUCCAAACCGCGCCAACCUUCUCCGUGUUUGUGAAGAUUGUCUGUUUGCUUUUUGCAGUCGGUGCCUCCAGACUUGGCACGGGGAGUAUGUGCUGUGUGGGCCGCCACGGAAUACGAACGAGCUCAGCGCUGAGGACAAAGCUUCUCUGGAAUACAUCAAGUACCACACUACACCCUGCCCUACAUGUGCAGUGCCUGCACAGAAAACCCACGGAUGCAACCACAUGAUAUGCCAGCGGUGUGGUACUCACUUCUGUUACCUGUGCUCUAGCUGGUUGGAUGUGGGCAACCCAUACCAGCACUACAACACCGAGACAACAGGGUGUUAUCAACGGCUGUGGGAGCUCGAAGGUGGUGAUGGAAAUGAUGUCGGAUACAACUAUGCGGGCGGGGACCACCGUCCCGAUGAGGAUGAGUUUUCAGACGAUGGCUCUGAAGAUGACGGCCCCGGCCAUAUCGAUGGCCAAUUACAUAUGAUUGAGGGCAUGCGCCUUGAACCCCAACCUCUUAUAGCUGAGCCUGAACAAGACCCAAUCGCCGACGGGGCACAUGGAGGUGAUCCUGGAGACCCGCCACCGGCACAAAACGAUGGACCACUCGUCCUCCGUCUUGCCCUAGUUCCCCCGGGCCCUGCUCCUGCUCGUGCGCCUGCUCUUCGUGCAAGACAAGGACAACCAAAUCCUCAGGUAGCCCCUGGCCGCUUAGGCGGGCGCUUUGCCCGUGCCGCUGCACGUCGCGCGGCAGCCGAGGUCGAAGAAGCUGAAAGACGUCUCGGUGCACGCAAUGCGGCUUGGAAUAGACGUAUGGGUCGUGAUGCGCGACCUGAGCACGGAGGACCAGAUAUGUGAGGCAUGGUUUUGGGGCGCUUUUUAGUAGAUGAUUAUGGGUCUAUCAGUCAUGCAUUUCGUAGAGUGGGAUCAAUUACGGAGUUGACAUGGAGUUGACAUGGAGUUAAAACUCUAUGGUUAUGAGAAGUUUUUUAGGCGUUGCCGUAUUGCUUAGGGCACUAGCAGUAGAUAUUCAUAGAUAGAAAUGAAG